AUGUCCGUCGUCAAGAAGCUCCUCGCCGCCCUCGCGGCCACCACUUUCCUCACCGGCGUCGCUGCUCAGACCUAUGAGUUUAGCGAGGAGGAGCUCACCUCUGGUGAUGCCCUCAAGGCCCUUAGCAAGCAGGCUAUGGAAAAUGCUCUUGCCCGCCUCCCCGAAUCUGGAGAGGGCUGCACGCGGGAGAACGUCAAAAUUCGAAAGGAAUGGCGCAACAUGCCGGCCGAGAUGAGAAUCGGCUAUGUCAGCGCUCUCCAGUGCUUGAUGGAAUCCGAAAGCGAAUAUCCCGACGUCGACGGUGCCAAGACGGCGUUUGACGACUUCGCCGUUCUUCAUUACAACCUCACGCCGUUCGUGCAUAACUCUGCUACCUUCCUUACCUUCCACAGGUACUACAUUCACACCCUGGAAGAGCAGAUGAGGAACAAGUGCGGAUACACUGGUGACUUCCCCUACUGGGAGUGGGGCCUCGACUGCGACGACCCGCAACACGGUGGUGGCUGCGUGAUGAAGGGACCCUUCUCCAACUACACCGUCAACCUCGGACCCUCAACCACCGCCGACCCGCUCGCAUAUAACCCGCGCUGCAUCAAGCGAAACCUGAACGGCGCUAUCUGCAAGCAGAAUGCCUCGCUCCGGAACACGACGACGACGAUCCUUGACUCGCCCGAUAUCGAACUAUUCCAGGCGAUUGUCCAAGGUGACAUGCGAUACCCCGAGGCGAGGGGUCUUGGCAUGGCCGUCCACGGCGGUGGUCACUUUACUAUUGGUGGUGAUCCCGGUGGCGACUUCUACUUCUCCCCUCUCGAGCCCGCCUUCUUCCAACACCACGGCCAGAUCGACCGCAUGUACUUUGUCUGGCAGAACCUCGACUGGGAAACCCGGCAGAACAUUGCCGGCACCGGUACCAUGAUGAACCAGCCCCCAGCCCAGAGGCCGAUCAAGGACCUCAUUGACACCCUUGGCUCGGCCCCGUUCUGCUUUGUUUACGAGUAG